AUGUUCUUGCGCGUAACGCCCGUUGCGGCGCAGCGAAAACAUGUUGGAACGACGGAUGCUUGUCCCACUGGCAUCGCUGAGCUGUCGCACUUGCGUGAGGCAUGCAGCUUUCAGGGUGGGAUGGCUUGGGGAGAACGAGGUUUAUCACCCAUGCAGCCCAUGCAGCGGUGUAUUGAUAUCGAAUACUUCCUGAAGUGGUUGACGACAGACUCCGUAGGAGUAGACACCUCGUACUUGGCCGGUUUCUGCGGUAGCAUGCCGCAUGUACAUCACUUGCAAGUGCCGGCAGAGCCGCACUUCUCCGGGAGUAUUGAGGACUUCAGGGAGAAACACAAAGACAACGCUUCCACGUUGGAGCGACUUCAGAACACCGUGAAGGUUUGCGCAAAAUGUGGCAAAGCCUGUGCUUUGGAUGAAAGACGAAAGGGUACGGAAUGUUGCAAUGCGUGUGGUGCUAGUCUGCAGGACGUGCAGCAAUCGCACAGCGACAACAUAUUUAUGGGUUUCAUCUAUGGGAUUGCCGAGGGGAAGUUCAGGUACAAGAUCUCCAUGAGAGUCCAAACACCCGAAUUCCUUUGCUUCGAUGAUCCGUUGCAAUGCUCUCCGUGCCAUUUGAACGCAAUUCCUACCUCUCUGUACUGCAAGGACUUGAGGUAUCUUUUUACAAAUCCUGAAAAAGGCUUGGUCUUGGUGAAGAGGUUGUACGAGAUUGGCUCACAGGCCGCCCUAGAACAGUACUGGGACCAUGAGGCCCGGCUUUUGAUUUGCGGAAGCAAAUUCCACAAGGGAUCACAAGGGAUCCAGAAGAGCUGGCAGUUUGAGAUUUUUGGCCUGGCCUUCAGGGAGAAGAUUUGGGCCGGACAACAGAGGCCCUCGCAAGCACAAGCUUUGGAGGCCUGGGCAGUGACAGGGUUCAACUUCCCCCCUUCGAUGUUCCAGUUGCACCUCCAGUUUAUCCAUCUCCCUCCCUUUCCCUUCCACUACAGCCUUUUUCAAAGUGGAGAGCACUUUACUCGCGGCCGCUUCUUCCCGUUGGAAUACAUGAAGCAGGCUCUGGCGCUUGGAGAUGCAGUGCGCAUAGAAAAUGCCGGUAGCUGCGACAUCGAGAGCCUCAUAAGCAAAGUGAAAGCGGCAGGGGUCGACUACGAUCAAGUCUACGAUGCGAUGGUCCACAAGAUCCAUGCUCUCCAGCGAAAGCUAUCGCCCUGGCGUGAGGCGGACUUUCGCUACCGUGUGAUGGAAGGGCAAGUCUUUGAAGGCCGAAGUGCUUUUCCCGAACUGGACCCGAAGCAGGUCCAGAAGAGUGAUGCCCAGGCCAUGUGCAACUAUGGCCGGCCCUACGAAGAGGGAAAGCCUUCAGGCACGUACUACCAGUUUGCCAAGGCACCUGAGGAGGUCCUGGCAUUUGAAGAGUCGUGA